GACAGAUACCGAAACCGGAAAUCUGUCUUGCCAGGAUUACAUGUACUCAUACCUGCUGUAUGACGCCACGACGACAUCACACCUUUAUCAGUAAUGAAAGAACUGUUGCCUGUUGCGACGUGUAUUACCGACUAUAUAUAUAUAAAAUAAUGUAGAUGAGAAGUCUAUGUAACGUUGCCGUAUUUCCAGUCUACAAACAUUUAGCUGAACCACGGAGCGGUGAGAGAAUACCCUCAGGGCGGACAGACAAACUCAGAGGAGACGCGAUGUGGAGCUGGAGCAGCAGUCGGUGGGCUCUUCUACCUCCCGUCUACUCUGUGCUCACUGCUGCUGGACUGUGGCUGGUAUACUUUGUAGCUGUAAAUAAUGAGAAGAUCGCACCCCUGGGUUCGUCAUACAGGAGAAGAAAUGGAUCGUUUUACCCUCCCUACAUUAGUGUUGCAGGCAACUUUUCACCAGCCAGCUGCAUCUUCAGCGAGGUCAUGAACUUGUCUGCGUUUGGGGGGUUCGUAAUUGCUGUCCUCAGAUACCUUCAGCUGAAACACAGAACAUACCAUCAGUGGCUGAAUGCUGGUAGUCUGGUGGCUUUCUCUAUCGGCUGCUUUGGAAUGACACUGGUUGGAAACUUCCAGGUAUUUACUGAGGAGAUGAUCCACAACUUUGGCACCUUAAUGACGUUUGGACUGGGAACGCUGUACUGCUGGGUGCAGUCCUUCAUCACCCUGAGAGUGGACCUGAAGAAUGAAGGGAGGAAGGCUGGGAUCAUCCGCUUCCUGUUGUCUGGAUCCAUCACUGUCUGCAUGAUCCUCUACUUCUCCCUGAUAGGUCAGCGUCUCCACAUGCAAGCAGCUCAGUCCCAGUGGGCGCUGGUCAUGUUGUUCAUCACCUUCCUCGGCACUUUUGCCAUCGAGUUUCGCCACAACCGCUUCGACAUCGUGUGCACAGACAACUCUGGGCGUACAGUGAGCCGGUCAGAGGCGCUCUCUGAAGCGUCCAGGUACCAGCCGGACCAAAUAUGAAUAAGCUGCCCUCCACAUGUGCCCCUGGAGCUGUUUGAGUGCUGUUGACUUCCUGUCUGCUGCCAUUUGCCAAAGCACAUUAUC